CCUCUCCUCCCGCCGGGCGGCAAGCUGCGUGGCUGCUCGUUGGCUACUUAGGACGGAAGCUCGGUUUGGGUGUCUCCAGAAGUUUCCCCCUUGGACGGCGGCGGGUCUUGUAGCCUGGAUAGUAGCAGCCCCAGCCACAGCAGCAGCGACUCUUUAGGGAUGGCGGCCGCUGCAGCAGGACCUGCAACAGCCCAGAGGUUUCUCCCGAGCUUCUCAGAUGCUUUGGUCGACGAGGACCCCCAGGCGGCGUUAGAGGAGCUGACUAAGGCUUUGGAAGAGAAACCAGAUGAUGCACAAAAUUAUUGUCAAAGAGCUUAUUGUCACAUCCUUCUUGGGAAUUAUUGUGAUGCUGUUGCUGAUGCAAAGAAAUCUCUUGAACUUAAUCCAAAUAAUCCCACUGCUAUGCUGAGAAAAGGGAUAUGUGAAUACCAUAAAAAAAACUAUGCUGCUGCUCUAGAAACUUUUACAGAAGGACAGAAAUUAGAUAGUGCGGAUGCUGAUUUUAUUGUCUGGAUUAAAAGGUGUCAAGAAGCUCAAAAUGAGUCACAAUCCAAUGUGUCUGUAUCCCAGAGGACUCUUCAGUCAAAAAUCAAGUAUGACUGGUAUCAAACUGAAUCUCAAGUAAUCGUAACACUUAUGAUCAAGAAUGUACAGAAGAAUGAUGUAAAUGUGGAAUUUUCAGAAAAAGAGUUGUCUGCUUUGGUGAAACUUCCUUCUGGAGAGGAUUAUAGUUUGAAACUGAGACUUCUUCAUCCUAUAGUACCAGAACAGAGCACAUUUAAAGUACUUUCAACAAAGAUUGAAAUUAAAAUGAAAAAACCAGAGGCUGUGAGAUGGGAAAAGCUAGAGGGGCAAGGAGAUGUGCCUAAGCCAAAACAGUUCAUUGCAGAUGUAAAGAACCUAUAUCCAUCAUCAUCUCAUUAUACAAGAAAUUGGGAUAAAUUGGUCGGAGAGAUCAAAGAAGAAGAAAAGAAUGAGAAGUUGGAGGGAGAUGCAGCUUUAAACAAACUAUUUCAGCAGAUCUAUUCAGAUGGUUCUGAUGAAGUGAAGCGUGCCAUGAACAAAUCAUUUAUGGAGUCUGGUGGUACAGUUCUGAGUACUAACUGGUCUGAUGUAGGUAAAAGGAAAGUUGAAAUCAAUCCUCCUGAUGAUAUGGAAUGGAAAAGUACUAAAUAAAUUAAUUUACUAUCACUGUAUUGCAUAUAUCACCUAAUGCCCAUUGUGUAUUACUAUUGCAUUCUUGAAUUUUGAAACACUGAGUAUCUUUUUUAAAGAUUAUACCUCUUUACCUCCUUGUGCUUUAGAAAUUAUUUUCCUUCAAGUGUUCUAAGAUUCUAAUGAAGAAUGAAGAUCAUAUUUUGUCACUCUCUUUAAGGAUUCAGAUACGCUGAAAUGGAGUGAAGUGUCAUUUGCUACUAGAAAGAUUAGUUCUACACAGUUGUGUCAGUGGAGGAAUAGUUAAUGGGGUAUCUCGGUUUAUUGCCAUUAUUUUUGAUGCAGUAUUCUGUUAAUAAUUAUCACACUUGACAACUUUGGAUGAGCAUAGAUUUUUCAACUUCAGUGUUACCAUGUUUGCUUUUGAAAACUGCUUUUGAAAUAAGUUGUAAAUACAAUUUUUUUCUAUGAAGAAGUUUGGUUUAUUUACCUUUUUCUUAAGUUUUUAAUGAAAACUUUGAACAAUUAUUUAUCACAGGGAAUUCCCAUUUGGUUCUUUUUAUAGGAAGUAUUUAUAAGUGCACUGAUAUUUGGAUUCCUACCUUCCAAAUUCCUUUAUAAAACACAGACACCUGAGUUUAAUAUGCUGCAAAUUUAACUGUACUGAAGGCUGACCUGUGAAGAGGAAAGCAAAGAGUGAUUUAGGAAAGCCGAUCUUCACUUCGUGCUCCUUUUUUGCUGUAGAAUUCCUGAAAUUACAGCACUGACGGUUUGGUUUGGUUUGUUUUUUUCAGGGUUGUUUAUUUCUUUUUUGUAUUUUUUUUCUGUUUAUUAGGAGAUCUCACAUCCCCAUGAUUACUUUGGUUUCAUUGGUUUAGGGUAGCUGCUGAGAAGGUAAAUUAAUACGUAUAUGUUUAGUAUCUAUUUAGUAACAUUUUGUGGUAAGGCAUUACUCUGCCAUGAUAGCUGAGGAGAGAAUGAGUGGGAGGCAAAUCAGCCAUCAUUUCAGCCUCUGAAAGAGUAGGAAUUAGCUUCUUCUGGUCAUUGGACAUGAAAUGUAGGGUUGUUCAUAAGGAGAAUUGUGGGAUGACACCUGACCAUGCCCAAACCUGUUAUAGCUUGUAUAAUAAGUAUGGGCUGGAGGGAGUUGUUCACUUGUCCUUCUGCCCAUUAGAGCUGCAGACUACAUUUUUUUUGAACACUGAAGGAAAAGGCAAAAUUAAGUUCUUGAUUUUAUGAAU